AGAAGUAAAGAAGAUGGAAUUCGUUAAACACACUGCUACAGUUGCUUUUGUUUUGAUAUGGAGUGUCACGGUCAUUCAUUCAGACAACCCCUUCUGGAGUUACUUUGUCUACACACAACAAUGGCCUGUGGCGGCCUGUAUCGAUGGUAACGCCACCGGGCACGUCUGUGUGAUUCCACAGAAUGUGACCACUUGGACAAUCCAUGGUCUCUGGCCUAGUGACCCAAAGACAGCCGAAGGGCCGGUCAAUUGCAAUUCUUCUUGGAAAUUUGACGAAAGACAAAUCUAUACCCUUGAAGAUGACCUGAAGAAGUUCUGGCCUAACCUCUACACGGAAAGUGAAACGACGAAGUUCUGGGCGCACGAAUGGGACAAACAUGGCACGUGCUCCACUAAUCUACCCAGUACCAACAACGAACACAACUAUUUCUCCACAGGCCUACUUCUUAAUAAGCUGUACAAUCUGACGAGGCUUUUUGAACACUACAGUGUGUUUCCUGGAAAAGCGUACACGUUGUAUGAGUUUCAACGGGCCAUAAAUGAAACUUACAGGCACCCAGCAAACAUAGAAUGUGUCUUCAAGAAGGAUAGCGGAAACGAAGAAACCCAGUAUAUAUACCAGAUAGAGCUUUGUUUGGAUAAGUCUUUUAACGUUAUAGAAUGUCCUAGACAUUCAGCAGUGAAUCAAAACAACCUUUCACCACAGAACUUGACUUUGCAAAAAAUUGAGGCUGGUGAAUGUAGCACAACAGAAGCUGUGCAAUACCUCAUUAUUGAACAUCCACGAUGAUUAUCAUCAUUAAAUUAAAACAGUGCCUUGAAUAGUUACCUUUACUGACCAAGACAAAAAUAUACCACUGUAGAUGUACCCAUGAUAAUGAUGGCUAUUGUCAUAGAAGUGAAAUAUUGUUGAGUAUGUCAUAAAACGCCUGUUAAAUAAAUACAUAUAGUACACGUGUAAACAUAAUUUAAUACAGAGGGGAAAGCCUGUGAUAUAAUAAGGAAGUAAGGUCAUCAGUAAGAGCAUGGACUUUGCUAAAUCCAGAAGUUACCUCCUCAUGUAAUAUUGUGACUUCUGCUGUUAAUACUCAACAUUGACCAGGAUAGAUAAAAUGCAUAGAAAUGUCUGCGACAUUUGAAUGGAUGUUAGUUAUGAAUAGAAGCAUAAACAUUUGACUCUUCCUUAUGUUUGUGGUUUGUAUUUUUAUGCAAUCCACACUGUCCAAAAUUGAUUAAUUACUACUAAUAGUGUGUCAUCCAAAUCUACAAACCUUUGUCUCUGGUUUUAUCAUGGUACUAGAUUUGUUUAGUACCAUGAUUAGUUUCUUUUCUUAUGAAAAAUUAUGAGGCUUAUCAUACUAAUCUAUUUUAAUCAACGGUAAAUCAUAAGCUACCUUUACACCAUUCUGUGGUUACCAUUUAUGUUGUUUAACAUGAAAUGAAUAUCUAUGUGAAAGAAUUCUGUGUUGACAUUGAUUACAUCUUGUAGGUAACAUACUUAUUAACAUAAACAUAUCUUUCAUCAUUGUAUUAUAUAACAAAAGAUUUGGGUUUUGGGUGAAAUACUCUUUGAACCUUUAAAUGGCUGUUGUCUCUCGAACAGAACAUAUCAUACUCAUCUCCUCGCCAGUAAACAGAGUAACAGUUAACAGUUUGGUUUGACAGUUAAAAUGUAUUAUCUGGAUUUUUGUUAUUUUUGAAUUGCACAGUAAUGGGCAGUUGGCCUAUCUGAUUUAUAUCACAAUUAACAGCAGUUUAGAAUACAUGCCUAUCUACUCAAAAAACUUCUGAUAUAUCAGGUUAGCCAUAAUCCAAUAUAUAACAUUAAUACGUUAAUUAAAUGCAAUACAUUUAUUUCAUGUCUUUCAUUUCUUUCAUGACGAAAGGAUUUUUUUUUUAAUGUAUAAAGUGAAAAUCUUAGUACUGGUAGUUGGAGUAUUAACUUAAAAAUAGUGAACAAUACUGUAUUAAUGCACCUCUGUUAUCCAACUUGUAUAUCCACAUGCAUAUGAUGUAUAAAUAAUUUUCUGUGAUUUAUAAAGGUGCAUAUACAUGUAUGUGUGUGUGUAUAUACUGUGUGUGUGUAUUGUUCUCUGAUCUUCACGAGAAGCAUACGCAUUCGCCUUUCUGUUGGCAAUCCCUAAAUCUGACUGUAUGCAUGUUAUUUGUUAUUGGCACAGAAAAGUGGGCAACGACGUUGUGUUAGCACAUACUGCAGCACUUUGAGGAUAAACGCCUUUAAACGAUACAAGGAAUACAAGGCAGCUGUGCACCUCAAAUGUAAUACACUGAAAUGUUUAUAGUAUAUCCAGUAUGAAAUUAUGGGUGCUCAACAGCAGGUUAUACAUGUUUGUAUAUAUCCAGAUAUAACUUGGUUCAUAUUAAGGCGUAAUUCGAUCAUAUUUCUGAUCUCAGAUGUAAAAGUCUUUACGAUACUGCCUUAACAAAGUAUAUUAGAGAUUUCACCUUGUACAUAUAUUGAAAUUUAUGAAAAAAGGUUCUCUGCAUGUCAAUAUGCAAACUGUGAAUUAAACAUUCCAUUUGUGGAUAUAAAUACGCUUGUUCGAGUUUUAAAUCCUUAUGUAUGACUUCAAUAUAUAUAGGUGGGCGCGGCCUUUUUGGUCUUCUCAAUACGUAUUUUGGGUUCAAGAAUGCUAGAAAACUAUCCAUUUUUGCGAAUGUGGC